AUGAAAGUGUCUUAAAUCUUUUUCACUAUAACUAAACAAGUUCAUUACGGAGAAGCCAUAUAUAUAGUCUUCGAUUUCUAAAAUUGGGAUUUAACAAAGGCUAUUAAAAUGGAAUGUUUAAAGGUAUUACUAAAUUUCAUUUAUUAAUAGAAUGAUUAAUGGACUAAAGUAAUCGAUAUCUCCUGUUCAUCCUUCGAAUAUAAGUAUGUUAUUGGAUAGUACAAUAACAUAUUUGAUUAGGAAAUUCUUUGGGAAUAAGGGUAAAAUAGAUCUUCAGAAAACUUGAAAAUAUUGGAAAUGAAUUAAAGUAAAAUUUAAUUCGAAGAUGUUUGGGAGAAAAGAAAUUUAAUGUUCUUCUUACUUGACAAAAAAUUGAAUAAGAAAAGUAAAAAGAAUCAUGAACAUGACAUUUUAUUAUUUGGAUAAGCAAAGGCCUUAAAUUCACCAGGUAGAUUUACAAAAUGUUAAUUAAACUAAAAUACAUAACUAUACUUUAUUAUUUUACAACUUGAACUUGAUGAAAUUAUCAAUCCAAAGGAGGUUCAAAUCUAUAUGAAAGUCUAAUUAAAAAAAAGUAAUUAUAAUAUAAAUUUUAGGAUAUAUAGAAAUAAUCUCAAAAAGUAUUAAACUUAACUUCAGAAAUUAACCUGUAAAUAUAUGCGAAGAUAUCUUAAUACACUCUUAAUGUUAUUUUCUCAAUUGA